GUCCAGAAAUACCACCUGCAGCCGCUGAAUUACAAGUGAACAUAAAUCCCCCAACGAAAAUGGAAGUCCUGAACGCCAUAAAGCUACUGAAAUGUGGGAAAGCAGCAGGACCAGAUGGAAUACCGCCAGAAGCACUGAGAACAGACGUAGAGACAACAGCCGACAUGCUCACACCACUAUUGCAGAAGGUGUGGAAGGAAUAGAAGGUACUUGGCCAUUGAUUGGAAGAAGGGUUACCUUGUCGAAUUGCCGACGAAAGGAGACCUCAGUGUUUGCAAGAACUGGCGAGGAAUCACUCUCCUGUCCACCCAGAGCAAGCAAAAUAUUAAGCCGCAUCAUCCUGGAGAGGCUAAGGGAUGCACUGGAUUCAAAACUACGACCGGAACAGGCUGGCUGGCUGGCUGGAUUCAGGAAGUACAAAUCAUGUGCAGACCAAAUUGCAACGCUUCGCAUCAUCAUAGAACAGAGCAUAGAAUGGCAAUCAGCUCUCUACCUCAACUUCAUCGACUUUGAGAAGGCCUUUGACAGCGUCGACCGAGAAGAAGGCACAAAGAUAUCCACAAAGCGACAUGGAUUUCACCAGAUGGACACACUAAAAAUCAAAUCGACUUUAUCUCAAUCUCAAGAAAAUGGAGACGCAGUCUACUUAACACAAGGUCAAGAAGAGGAGCAGAUGUAGGUUCAGACCACUACCUAGUGCAAGGAACCUUCCAAAUCAAGUUAAAAGCCUUCAAGGAAGCUGGUGAUAGACCUCAACUCAAGUACAACACUCGGAAACUGAAGGAUGAAACUACAAAGGAGAUCUUCAAGGCAGCCAUCAAGACAA